GAAUCGGUCUAUUUGGCGCCGACAUCGUGGUAAACAACAAAUCGGCUGCGUCCAGAAAAGAUAAAAGUACUGUGACUGAGUCCAUGUUUGUUGCUGCCAAAAAUGGUAAUAUCACUCGACUCGAAAAAUUUUUGUCACUUGGCCGUGACGUCAAUUCAAGAAAUGACAAUGGUGUGACACCAUUACGAAUUGCAGUCCUGUAUGGCCAGAGCGAAACUGUACGUUAUCUUUUAGAAAACGGGGCAGAUCCGUUCGUAAAAGGGAGUUACAGUCGCAACUUGCUGCACGUAGCCUCAUAUGGUGGCCAAGUCGCCAUUAUCGAUGAAAUGAUUAAACAAGGUCUUGACGUCAAUUCAAAGGAUGGUAAUGGCGACACUCCUUUAAUACUUGCUGCCGCUUACGGUAGAGAAAAGGCCGUGAAAUACCUUUUACAAGGGGGAGCAGAUCCCUCUAUCAAAGGCUGCUACGGUCGAACUGCUUUGCACGCCGGAAAUGAUGUCGCUAUUAUCGAGAUACUACUCUCAAGUGGAGUUCAUAUAGACACAAAGGAUGCUGACGGGAACACACCGUUGAUUAUGGCCGCUGCAAAUGCCAACGUAGAUGCUGUGAAUUAUCUCUUAACCAAGGGAGCUGAUCAGGAUGUCAAAGGCCGCUUGGGGAGAAACACCCUUCACGCAGCUGCACAAGGUGGUGAUGUCGUCAUCGUCGAGACAAUGCUGUCCCGUGGACUCCACAUUAAUUCCAAAGACAGCCUUGGUGAUACCCCUUUGAUCAUUGCUUCUGCGUGUGGGAAGUUGGAAGCAGUUUGUCUCCUUUUGGUAAAGGGAGCAAAACCUCUCAUAACAGGCCAAUUCGGUAGGAAUCCAUUGCAUGCAGCGGCACAAUGUGGUCAUGCCGCAAUUAUCGAAAAAUUGUUUCUUCGGCUGAAAAUUCAAGGUCCCUCAUUUGUUCCAUACUACAGUUUGCUUUCCAUCAAAUUUAUCAAGUCUCUAAUCGUACUGGAAUCCAUAGAAAGUGCAACUGCAGCUGAUGCCUCAUCACCAAAAUAUAUUUUUGGUGCCACUCCAUCUUCAGCUGCUGUUGAGUAUGUGACCAAAAAGCCAUGUUCUUCUUUGGGAAGUGAAGAAACAUUUGCUUGA